UCCCCCAAUCUUGGCUGGCCAGAGCCCAUCUCAUCCCAGAACUGUCUCAGCUUCCUCAUCCUCCACCCCAGGCUUCCGGACUGGACGGGCAGCGGGGAUAAAACGGGCCUGGAGCGUCCUGGGAGCCACUGGCCUGAGCAGCCCCAGCGCGAACGUCCCCGCGCUCUCUGAACCCGCGCGCGCGCCUCUACCAUGAGCCUCGGCGCCGGCCGCCGGGCCCCGCGCCCCCGGCCCAGCUCCGGGCUGCUGUUCCUGGGCCUGCUGCUCCUGUCGGCCGCGGUCGCCCUCGCCGGAGCAGACCCCGAAGGAGAACUUCGGGACCUGGGCUGCGUGUGUGUGAGGACCACCUCCCGAGUCCGUCCCAAGCACGUCACCAGCCUGGAGGUGAUCAAGGCCGGACUCCACUGCCCAACCCCGCAACUGAUAGCUUCGCUGAAGAAUGGGAGCAAACUUUGCCUGGACCCGCAGACCCCUCUACAUAAGAAAAUAAUCAAGAAACUUUUGGAGAAUUAGCUACUAACUGCCUAAAUCUGUACAUUUGCUAUGCAACACGUGAUUUGUUUUUUUCUUUUUUUUCCAUUUUCAAUCUAACUGUGGAAAACCUGGUGUUUUUAUUAUCCUCUAAAUUCUAAAUAAAUAAAAGAAAGUAAAUCAAGUUGUGGUAUAGUCAAAUAUUUC